GAACAAAACAAGACGGGGAGAGCGCUCUCCCUCUAUUUCUUCACCACCGCUGAUGCCUUUUCUCUCUCUUUCUCCCCCCUCACUCUCUCUCUCUAAUUAUUCCAUUUUUUUUUUCUCUCUCUAUAGGAAUUCGAAGAGAGUGAAUUCUAGGGUUUAAUUUAUUUUUCUUCGGGAGAAAUAAUCUAGGUUUAGGUCAGACAAUAUAACGAAAAAUCGAAGGGAUCUCGAUCUCUAAUUAAAUAAAGAAGCAACAAGAAGAUGAGCCUGGAUUCGGUCCCUUCGAACACACAUGGAAACCUUGAUGAGCAGAUUAAUCAGCUCAUGCAGUGCAAGCCCUUAUCUGAGCACGAGGUAAGAACGUUAUGUGAAAAGGCUAAGGAGAUUUUGAUGGAAGAAAGCAAUGUUCAGCCUGUUAAAAGUCCUGUUACAAUAUGUGGUGAUAUCCAUGGUCAAUUCCAUGAUCUUGCGGAGCUUUUUCGAAUUGGAGGAAAGUGUCCAGAUACAAAUUAUUUGUUCAUGGGAGACUAUGUUGAUCGUGGCUAUUACUCAGUUGAAACUGUGACUCUUUUGGUAGCUCUGAAGGUGCGCUAUCCUCAGCGAAUUACUAUUCUACGGGGAAAUCAUGAAAGUCGUCAGAUUACUCAAGUUUAUGGGUUUUACGAUGAAUGCCUACGGAAAUAUGGCAAUGCCAAUGUUUGGAAGACAUUUACAGAUUUGUUUGACUAUUUUCCACUGACGGCAUUGGUUGAGUCAGAGAUAUUUUGUCUCCAUGGUGGAUUAUCCCCUUCCAUUGAAACCCUUGAUAAUAUACGUAAUUUUGAUCGUGUUCAAGAAGUUCCCCAUGAGGGUCCCAUGUGUGAUCUUUUGUGGUCUGAUCCUGAUGACCGCUGUGGCUGGGGUAUCUCACCAAGGGGUGCUGGAUAUACUUUUGGACAAGACAUAUCUGAGCAAUUUAAUCAUACAAACAACUUAAAGCUGAUUGCCAGAGCUCACCAGCUGGUCAUGGAAGGGUAUAACUGGGGCCAUGAGCAAAAGGUGGUUACUAUAUUUAGUGCGCCUAACUAUUGUUAUCGAUGUGGUAACAUGGCAUCAAUAUUGGAAGUUGAUGAUUGCAAGGGUCACACAUUCAUUCAGUUUGAACCUGCUCCAAGGAGAGGAGAGCCGGAUGUCACCCGAAGAACACCUGAUUACUUCCUAUGAUUUAAGUUGGAAGGUAGUCAUGAAUCCCCCUGGCUAAUGCCUCCUAGCUGGUAUACAUAUUGAGGGCUUUUUUCAAAUUUAAGAUUAUAAACGCAAUGGUGGCCGUUUGGUGGUGAAAAUCAUGUAUAAUGGCAGGUGAGGCUCCUUGAUUUGAUUGUUAGUAUUGAUGAUGCUUUGGCUCUACAAGAGGAAGCAGUGGACCUGGGGGGCAAUUGCUGCGUAUGUAACAUUUCCAGCAAGCCAUGUGGCAUCUUUCAUCCCAUUUCCUUGAUUUUGUUUUUUGUUUUUUUUUUUUCUCCUUUUUUGUAGAAGGGAUCUUUUUGGUAUCUGUAGAGGGACAAAUGAGUGGACUCAUAAUGGGUGUUUCUAUUUUAUUUUUUCACUUUUAAUUCCGUUAGUCCUAAUCAAGUGUUCUCGAAUAUCAGCUUCCGUCAUUUUCUACAUAAUUUUUCUUGCACAUUUUGCCCAA